GCAGCGACAGGGAUUUUUUUUUUUUUUUUUUUUUUUUAAAGAUUGUGCAAUAUAAUCCAUCGCAGCAGCGCAUUUGAUGCAGGCUCGGAGACAAAGGAGCAGUAAAGUUGACUGUGGAGCUCAGAGCUGAAAUAAGAAGCUUUAGGAGACUCGUGGUCAGCUCAACGUCAUCGCGUUUCCACCGUUUUCUUUUACGCGCAAAGCUGCAACAGAAAAGUAACUUUGGGACACGUCGCUGCACUGUAUCUCUUAUCAACAACUUUCUGCUGUAUCUGGACUGAUGGUCAGACAUCUCGACUACUGCUGGAUCUAAGCCUUUAACGGUUUCUUACCAAAUAUAGCCACUGUUAAUGCUGGUGUGUCCUUGACGGAGCGGAGCGGUCCUAGAUUGGAUAUUUGCAACGCUGCCAAAGUUUAUAAUUAAAUACUCAGUCAUAUCACUCUGACUUAUUAUAGAGCUCUAUUUACAACGUGGGCUUGUCUAAUUAGCAGAUUACACACUUGAAUCAGUUAGUAUUACAUCCAAUUUAAGAAGCUGGCGUACUUGGCCUCAUAUUUUACUGCCUAUUGUGAACUGAAGCAUGUUUUUAAAAAAUCGCUUUGAAGCCUGACUGCUGUCACCAGAAGCCAUUUUAAGUCUUUGAUUUAAGAGCCUGUCUGAGUCAUUGAACACAGGCUGCCCAACCUGCUCCGUGUGCAGAAAUCCAUUUUUCACUUUUCACUUUUGUUCUCAAAUCCACAACUAUGACUUUUUGUGCGCCUGGCUCAGGGCGCGCUGGAUGCGUCAUGGCUGCGUUUUUCCUCACCACCUGUGUGAUGGUGUUCGGCUUGGUUGGAGCUGAGAAGGCCGAACCGACUCGGGGGAGCCCACCGGCUUUUACCCUGCUCACCUUGAUAACGGGGACCUGCCAGGAGAUCCAGCAGUACGUGGAGUCAGUAGUGGGGACCGGCGUGUUGCGGUCAGCUGUUGAGUUUUUGGAGAUGGUGAUCCGAUUCCUGGCUGAAGGAGCUGCCAGCGGACUGAACGUCAUCGCCGUUUACGUCACAGAGAUCCUUAGAGUCACAGGGUUUGAUGCUGCACUGACGCUGCCCCGCUUCACUCCAGAGGGUGUGACAGCAGUCGCCCAGUGGGGUCUGUUAGCCCUCAUUGGCUACUGGGUGCUGACCAUUGUUCUCCGCUUGCUGAUUGGCCUGAUGAGGCGGGUGUUCUGGAUGCUGAAAACAGUCUUCGCUCUCUGGCUCUUCGGACUGAUGGUGACUGACAAGAAUGCCAGCGCAGAGACCACGGCGGUGCGCCUGGCCGGCCUGGUGCUGGGAUGCGUCUUGUUAACUUUGCUCACGUCCAGCUCUGAAAAGUCUUCUGCAGUGGAGCAUCGGCUGAACAGCCUGGAGGGCCGAGUGAAGGCGGUAGAGAAGAGGAAAGGGGAAUAGUGAUGGGAGGAGGGAAAAGAGGUUGAGAUGGACAAAGGUGAUGGUGACGUUGGUCAUGACAAUAGUAACGCUGAUGGUUUCUAUAUUGUGUCAACGUAUGAUGGGAAUUAAAGUAAUCUCUGGGAUUUUUAAUCAGAAAUGCUUUUUUUUUAAUUUGCCUUCAGAAAAUGCCAAAAAUAAUCAAAUCACAGUAUUUUUACACUAAUAAAAAAGUAAUCAAAGGCUGCAAUAGAAAGACUAGUGUGCACAGAGGAUUUGACAAUUUAAAAUGUCGGGUUUAAAAACUGUCCUCUUUCUGUAUUGUCUUUUCCACAAUUGCAUACAAAUAAAAAUCAAAUAAUUUUUAAAUAAUUGUUCAAUAAAAAGCGUUUCCUGUUGGUGGAAGGACCAGCAUC